GUCCCUCCGCCUGGGGUUGCUGCUUGGCCUCCAGCCGCAGCUGCGAAUUAACUCCAUUUGUCAGCGUCGCCUCGCUCUUGUUUCUUUUAUGGAGAUGGCAGUGAGGGGGACACUGUAAACUAAAUGACUGUCAGAAACAUUGCCUCCAUUUGUAAUAUGGGCACCAAUGCCUCCGCUCUGGAGAAAGACAUCGGCCCGGAGCAAUUCCCCAUCAAUGAACACUAUUUUGGAUUGGUUAAUUUUGGAAAUACGUGUUACUGUAACUCGGUGCUGCAGGCUCUCUACUUCUGCCGGCCUUUCCGAGAGAACGUGCUGGCCUACAAAGCCCAGCAGAAGAAGAAGGAGAACCUGCUCACAUGCCUGGCUGACCUCUUCCACUCCAUUGCUACACAGAAGAAAAAGGUGGGCGUCAUCCCACCCAAGAAGUUCAUCUCCCGGCUGCGGAAGGAGAAUGAUCUUUUUGAUAACUACAUGCAACAGGAUGCCCAUGAAUUUCUCAACUACCUGCUUAACACCGUGGCUGAUAUCCUGCAAGAGGAGAAGAAGCAGGAAAAGCAGAACGGACGCCUGAAGAACAACGGCACCGCUGUCACCACCGAUGCCGAGGUGGAGAACAAGACGGAGCCCACAUGGGUUCAUGAUAUCUUUCAAGGCACACUGACCAAUGAAACGCGCUGCCUCAACUGUGAAACGGUAAGCAGCAAAGACGAGGAUUUUCUGGAUCUUUCUGUAGAUGUGGAGCAGAACACAUCAAUAACACAUUGUCUCAGGGACUUCAGCAACACAGAGACUUUGUGCAGUGAAUACAAAUACUACUGUGAAACAUGCUGCAGCAAACAAGAAGCACAGAAACGGAUGCGUGUGAAGAAGCUUCCCAUGAUCCUGGCACUACACCUCAAGAGGUUUAAGUACAUGGAGCAGCUGCACCGCUACACCAAGCUGUCCUACCGGGUGGUGUUCCCUCUGGAGCUUCGUCUUUUCAAUACGUCUGGGGAUGCAGUCAAUCUGGAUCGCAUGUACGAUCUAGUGGCAGUGGUGGUUCACUGUGGAAGUGGCCCUAACAGAGGUCAUUAUAUCACCAUAGUGAAGAGCCACGGCUUCUGGCUGCUGUUUGAUGACGACAUUGUGGAGAAAAUCGAUGCCCAGGCCAUUGAGGAGUUUUACGGUCUUACCUCAGACAUUUCCAAGAACUCUGAGUCGGGAUACAUUCUGUUCUACCAGUCCAGGGAGUGAGUCCGGUGCUAGAUCAGUGACAAAAGAGAAUAUUUA